UAAUAUACUCAGUGACCUUUGUGUAACAUGAAUGUAAGAUAUUUUUGGUAACACUGCGUGACGAAGUAGUCCAGUGCCCAUAGGACUAAGGACAGGUUGCGCUGAUAAUUGUUAAGUGGUUGGUUGGUGGACCUGACAACCCGGGUCUGGCAGCCAUACACCCAUACACUUAUUUCUCUCUUUCUCAGCCAACCAACAGACGAGUGUUAAGCGUCGUAAAGUUGCAAACCCGCCAGUUUUGACCACCGAACUUAAACAUUCUUCAAGAUCUGCUCAGGUUACAUUUAAAAGAUAAGACAGGGGCAAUAGAAAAUGGCAACUCAUCGCAAGAUAUAUUUUUGUGGAAGUAUUAGGGCUGGUCGUGAUGAUGUUGAUCUUUAUGGCCGCAUUGUUGAAAUGCUGAAAAAGUAUGGUACAGUCUUAACACCAUUUGUUGCAGACCCAAAUGUUACACAUUUAGGAAGUAAUGAAGGUGAGGCAAAAACUGACCCAGAGAUACAUGAUAGGGAUAUACGACUCUUGACAGAAUGUGAUGCUAUUGUUGCUGAAGUUACCCAGCCAUCAUUGGGUGUUGGCUAUGAAAUAGGAAGGGGAGUAGCUAUGCAAAAGAAAAUCUUGUGUUUAUAUCGACCACAACCCAAUAAAAGACUGUCGGCAAUGAUUCGUGGAGCAGAGAAAGAAGGGUUGUUUGUAACUGAAGAUUAUGAAGAAGAGAAUCUCCCUUCCAUACUAGACAAUUUCUUCAAAAAAGUUGACCAGAGGAAAAGAAAGGAUAGUCUGGACUGGAAAAGUUAUGAGCCAAUGUAAGAUUAAAGUUGCUAAUGUUACAAUAAGAUUAAAGUUGGCUACACUAUAAUUUUUAUUCAUAGAACAUAUGCAUUUAUUUUAUACAACUUCAAUGUCAUGUGAUUGUAACUGAACUUUUUUCGAUGUAUGAUGACCACUAUUUUUAUACAGCUAUUGACCUGGCUAUACAAGCCUUUGAAAUUUUACAGAAAUUUAUAGCACAACCAAUUUUAAACCAAGUUUUAAAAAUCUGUAUUCUAUAUUCCAUAUGGAAGUCUGGAGAAAGUGGCUUGGAACCGCAGUCUGUGACAUUCCAUUUAUUCUAUAUGUAUAAUGGUCACUUACUUUGGAAAAGAAAUAUAUCAAGUGGUACUCAACGCGUGGUUAAAAGAUAAGAAAACUCGCCCAAGGGUGAUAUACCAAGUCUUCUUUCCUGCAUCAUUUAAAUUCCACGUAGUACACUACUCCUUCCUCCUCCAUUUGGUUUUUGGGACUUAAAAGAUGUGUAUACAAUCUUUUCUUUCUACAAUACUCAUGGUUUUCUGUAAUAAACAAUACUGCAUA